GCCCGGCGUCCGCUCAGCGACCGGUUGGGAGGAGAGCGGACUCCUGCCGGAGGAUUGGGUAAUCCAGGAAGGACAGAAACCCCACUCCCCGUUGCGCAGGCACUGCAAGGCUAACCGCCGUGCGGGGCUAGCGGAGAGGCGGGCAGGAGUGUGCAACAGCCGCGCAGUGCAGGACUCCGACGUCGGCCCUCUCAGUCAUCCGGUCUGGGCGUCUGGCGCAGCGAGCUACUGGCAACGGCUCGUGUAAGCGUUGCAGUUCUGUCUGUCUCUUCACAAGACCAACUCCGGCUGGGUACCAGGGUCUGGAAGCCAAACCCGUGCGAUGAACGCGCUCGCUUGCCUGCUCGCUGCAUUGCUGCUCAGCGUCGGCCAUGGCGAGGCCAAAGCACACGACAUUUUUCAAACCGUGCCGGAGUUGAUACAAGACGAGGGAUACCCGGUGGAGGUCCACCAUGUGGAGACGGCUGACGGUUACGUGUUGGAACUGCACCGGAUACCACAGACGGCCGGCCGCCGCAGGCCCGGCUCGGCAGUGCUGCUCAUGCAUGGCCUUCAGGACAGCUCGGCCGCCUGGGUCAUCAACCCGCGACGCUCGCUAGGAUUCAUGCUCGCAGAUCAAGGUUACGAUGUAUGGCUGGGCAACAACAGAGGCAACAGGUACUCCCGCAAGCACGUGCGGCUCAGCCCGGACAGCCGUCAGUUCUGGCAGUUCACGGCAGACGACUAUGCGCGAUAUGAUAACCCGGCUAUAAUCGACUACAUACUACACGUCACUGGCUAUGAGGACUUGUUUUAUAUCGGAUUUUCUGCCAGUACAUGGUCGUUCUGGGCGAUGAUGAACCACGACCCGUCGUACAACAGCAAGGUGCGCCUGAUGGUGGGACUGGGCCCAGUGGCCACCAUGAAGUACUGGAGGAGCAUCACUCGGCUGGCCGUGCCCUUCAGCGGCGCCCUCGUGCACACAGCAGAUAAGCUGGGCAUUUACGAGUCGUUGCCAUACAAUACAUUAUACGGCAACCUCGGGAAGGUGUUCUGCAGCAAGCACUCGCCGACGGUUCUUCUGUGUGCCCUGGGGAUUUUUCUACUGGCUGGCUGGGACCCCAAACAGCUGGACAAGGCCAGUCUACCGCAGAUUUUCGCACAUGUACCGGCUGGUGUUGGCACCAGAGUGGAGCGACAGUUCGCCCAACACAUCAGCUCCGGCCGAUUCCAGCGUUUUGAUUACGGUAAAAAGAGAAAUUUAGCUAUAUACGGACAACGAAAGCCGCCAUUGUAUUUCCCGGAACUGGUCACCGUACCAGUGGUACUCAUGUGGGGGAAAAACGACAAAAUGGCCGACAAACGGGACGUGGCGGCGUUGGCCGCGCGACUACCAAACCUAGUCUCCAGUCGGCCAGUGGCGUGGCCGCUCUGGCAGCACCUGGACUUCCUGUGGGGGAUCGACGCCCAUCGUCUAGUGUACCAACGCAUUCUCCAACGCCUGCAUCAGUUCAGCUCCCGCGCUCCUCGGGAGUACAUCGGCCGCAGCAGCGUCGUCUACAGCGGAGACGGGAACGACACUAGCGCCACCUACCCCAGCGACGACGCGGCAAACCCCUGUGCGUCCGGCGUGGAUAACGCGCCGACAGUGUCGACGCGAACUUGCCAAGUGUGCGGCACGAACGCGACUUAUUUGCUCGUCGGGGAAGGCUCGCCGGACGCCGGCGCGCCGCUCCUCUGCCCUGGCUGUGACGCGGGCUCCGCACCACGACUAACUCGGCUGGACAUGGCAUUAACGCCGCAGUGACAAAAUGUCAAAAUAAA